UCUGGGUAGAGCAUUCUAUCACCACGAUCUAAACAUCAGGCCUUCGGCUCUAUCUUCAGAGCUUUCCACCAUGGCAGCCUAUCCUGGAAUGCCCGGCAUGCAGACUCCCAUGAUGUACGCUCAGCCUGGCGCGGCGUACUAUGAUCCAUCUUAUGGCUAUGCUGCCGAUGCUGCGAUGAGCAAAGAGCAAAAGAAGCAAGCCAAAGAAGCCAAGCGGCAAAGGAAGCUUCUAGAAGCCAAUGAGCGAUGCGAAAAGAUGCGUGAGAAGCAGAGGGAGCAAGAUAAGAAGGAUUCGAGCUGCUUUCUGAUUAUGAUGUCCAUAGCCUACAUCGGCCUUGGAAGUCUCAUGGGCUUGACCAUCGUUGGACCAGCCUGGGGCAGCAAGGAGUUCACUGGUCUCGGUGCCGGUUUGGUGAUGAUGAAGACAUCGCUGUUCAACUUGCGUAUCGAUAUCUCCUGUGACAAGUCCUUCGCACUGGAAUCCUACACUUGCAACAAGGUGAUGAAGGGCUUUGAGGGAGACCACGACUUGCAGAGGGCCCAGGGCAACACCUGCGCCUUGGUAGCAUCUGCCUGCGAAGUGCUGGGACGUUGCUACAUUGCCAGCAUGCCACUCUUCGGCUGCAUUUCGCUGUGCGUCCUCUCCAGCUUCUCUGCAGCUUUCUGCCUGUUCGCGUAUUCCAAGUCGGUCGCAGAUCCAAACCUGCGAAUGUGGGCUGGGUGCUUCACCCUUCUUACUCCAUUUCUGGCGACCACUGGCAUCGUGAUCUGGGCCGUGUUGAUGCCAGAUCUCGGGGAGAUCCCACAAUCCUGGUCGAUGCUGGCAGACUCCUUUGGUGCAGGAGGAAUCAUUGGGCACCAGGAAACUCGUGACUUUCAGUUCGGCUGGACCUUUUUCGCUGCCUGUCUCAUCGACCUGUGCAUGAUCAUCUCAGCAUUCGUUUGGACGUGUAUGUUCAAGCGCUCUGAAGACGAGGAGGAAGUGAUUCGACAGAAAGCAGCGGACCAAGCCUUUUGCGAUGAGCUGGAGCAGGACCGUGGAGUCACCAUGGCCACUUCGAGUUACGGAGCAACAGGGAAGGCUCAGGCCGCAUUUGAAGACGCAUGAGGUGUCUCCUCCUGGCACAUUCGGCAGCUGUGGCGCAGCCGAACUUCGACCAUCUGAGCUCCUGCCGGG